AUGAUACAUAGACGCUUGAACAGAACAGCGCCAUCUACAGCCUCGGAAGAGCGUUAAAAUAAAGCGGAGCGUGUAUUUCCCGUGUCGUAGAGGAAGAAGGAAGUGUACUGGUCAGCAUCUGGGAGGUAUUUAACUGUAGGAAUUGUAGGCCACCAUGGACGUAUUGAGGCCAGCGCUUAUUAACAUCAACGGGAGGAUUUACCGAAAAAAUGCUGUUAAGGAGGAACGUUAUGAAGAUGAAGAAGAGGAAGCUUUCUCGUACUCUGGACCAGACAGGGAUCAGCGCAUGGAUGAACCUUGUGACGCGGAUAACAUUGAGCAGACUGACAAGGGCUUUCGCUGUGCCAUAGAGGUCCCGAGUGUUCUUUACAAGUACAUCAUUGGAAAGAAAGGCGAGACACGGAGACGACUGGAAGCGGAGACUAAAACUACAAUCAGCAUUCCUAAACCAGGAGUAGAGGGACCGAUAGUGAUCACAGGCUCUCAGAAGGCAGCCGUAGCAUCAGCCGUAACACGUGUCGAGGUUUUGAUCGAGAGCUUCCGUAGGAAACAGCCGUUCACUCACUUCCUGUCCUUUGCUCUGAACCACCCACAGAUUCAGGAAGGGUUUAAACGCUUUAAAGAGGAUGUGUUGGAUCACUGCUCUCAGGAUAUGGGAGUGGAUGCGAGCAUCUUUCAAAAUCAAGCAAAGCUGCACCUCACCAUAGGAACCCUUGCCCUCCUAAAUGAACAGGAAGUGAUGCGAGCAUCUGAGCUUCUCACACAGUGUCAAGAUUUCAUCAGAGACAUAACAGAAGGAAAGCCUUUAGCUCUGGAGGUAAAAGGACUAGAGUACAUGAAUGACGAUCCCUCCAUGGUGGACGUCCUGUAUGCUAAAGUGUGUGUUCAGGAUGGCUCUGACAAACUGCAGCAGAUAGCAGACAGGCUGGUGGAGUGUUUUGUAGCAGCAGCACUGAUGGUAAAAGAAUGGGACAGAGUGAAACUACACGCUACUGUCAUGAACACACUGUUCAGGAAUGAUCCAUCAGUGGAGGAUAAAGGAGGUGCAGGAAGGCCCAGUAUGAAAGAUCGUGAAGCUUUUGAUGCCAGGAACAUUUUGGAGAGAUUUAAGGAGUUUAAUUUUGGUAAAUGUCAGCUGGACUCAGUGCAGCUCUCUCAGAGAUUCUCCUCCGAUUGUACAGGGUACUAUUCAUCUGCUGGGAGAGCCACCUUCAUCUGAUCUCUACACACACACACACACACACACACAGACACACACACACACACACACUUAUUGAAUCGAAUAGAUUCACAGUGAGUAUUCUUUGUUAUGAAGUGUAUAUAUCCCACCAUUGUGGGUGAUUUUACACACUCAAAAAAAUGACACAUUGAAACCUUAAGGGCUCUCUGUUCAGGGAAAGGAUCCAAGUAGAACCCUUUUAGGUGAGAAUAUGUAACUAUCUAAAGGUUUGUUUUUUCAAAGAGUGUAAACUGAAAAUGCUGUUCCUGAUAUCAGUGAUGCAUGCUUUUGGUGGAAAUGUAAUUUUAUAUGUUAUUACAUUAAAAUUUGUUUCAUUAUCAGUCUA